AUGGUCACAAAUGCUUUGAGGUGCGAUCGUCGCCCGUCCGCCACCUUACACCGGCGGCUGGCGCAUCAAUACCACCGUUGUGCCUGGUCGGGACCACCGUCAGAUUCCAUCUAUGCAGGUAUCACGACUUCAUUUUCUGAGCAGCAUGGCUCGAGAAUUGCGAUUGCGAUUCGGGAUGCAACCUAUUUACUAGACUUUAUUGAGAAAAAGUACCAACCCAAUGAACAUCAGCCAUGCGCCAACGAGGCCGUCGAGUUCAUCAUCUCUCAGCUCAAAGCUUACGGGGAGAAGCAUCUCGAGAAAAUUGUCGGCGCGGCAAUGCACAGGCAUGUUGCAGCCACCUGUCCGAAUCUCUGCACCCGAUUAUGGGCCGAGCUCGAUAUCAUUCCCUUGGUAUUGCCAGGAUUGAGCUUGCUCGGCCGAUUUGCUUCUCGCGCACAAGUGCAGCCCCAAUCUUGGGAGUCCAAGACGAUUGACGAACAGGCCGAAUCAAUGGCCCGGAAAUGUGUGAGGCUGUUUGGACCGGAGAAUUUUCCCCUGCUGCAAGUGGGCUUUAUGGGCCUCGUGGAGGUUGAUACUGACUUCCACGUGUGCCUCACGAACAUUGAAGAUUUCAAAAAGACCGUUUCGGCUAAUACGUGGGAGGCUUGCAAUUUCUUUGCGGCCGACCUCAAGAAACGGAAGGUCAAGAUUGCAUUCUUCAGUGCAACACCGCAGGGUGGAGGGGUAGCCUUGAUGAGGCAUGCCCUGGUUCGCUUUUCACACUCUUUAGGUAUGUCCCUCGGCCGCGGCCAGGUGUCUUUCGAUGCCGAUGACCGGAACUUGCUCACUACAUGGAUUGAAGAGAACGCUAAGCGAUAUUGGACGGUACCGGGAGGUCCCCUAUGCCCUCCGGCAGAAGGAGGAGCAGACGUGUUAAUUGUCGACGAUCCUCAGAUGCCGGGUCUCAUACCGGUCGCGAAACGCAUAGCACCGGAACGACCGAUCAUCUUUCGAAGUCAUAUCCAGAUCCGAAGCGAUCUUGUCGACGAACCGGAGACUUCUCAGUCAGAGGCGUGGAAAUACCUAUGGGAAAACGCCAAGCUUGCCGAUUGUUUCAUCACUCACCCCGUGAGUGAAUUCGUGCCUCGCGAUGUACCAUCAGAGAUCGUUGGCUAUAUGGCCGCAGCGACCGAUUGGUUAGAUGGGUUAAACAAAGACAUGCGAGACUGGGAUGUUGCCCACUAUGGCCGGAUCUUUAACGCAGCCUGCAGGAAUGCAGAUAUGCCAACGAUCCAACAUCCGGACGACCAAUAUAUCGUGCAGAUCGCACGCUUUGACCCAUCUAAAGGAAUCUUCGAUGUGUUGGAUGCAUAUGAGAAGUUCCAAAAUCGGCUCGCUUGCGAACGACCUAAAUUGAAAACCCCAAAGCUCCUAAUAUGCGGUCAUGGCUCGGUAGAUGACCCCGACGGUGCGGUCAUCUAUGACCAAGUGAUUAAUUAUAUCGAACACAGGAUUCCUGACAUUCGCCAUUUGAUCUGCGUCAUACGGCUGAGGCCCUCGCAUCAGGUCCUGAAUGCCCUUCUAUCAAAGGCGACGAUUGCGCUGCAACUGUCGACUCGGGAGGGGUUCGAAGUCAAGGUUUCAGAGGCGAUCCAUAAAGGUGUACCAGUGAUUGCCACGCGAGCUGGUGGCAUACCCCUCCAAAUUGAGAACCAUAAGAACGGAUUCUUGGUGGAAAUUGGUGAUACAGACGCUGUCGCGAGGCAUCUGUUCGAUCUCUGGACGGACGAGGCGCUCCGCCACCGAAUGUCGGAGUAUGCACUCGGCCACGUCUGUGAUGAAGUAAGCACCGUGGGCAAUACAUUGAGCUGGCUCUAUCUUACCUCGAAGUUCUCCAAAGGAGAGGCUGUGCGGCCCAGUGGUCAGUGGAUUAACGAUCUGGCGUUUGAGGAGAGCGGUGUCACCGUGUCACCCGAUAUGUCUCGUCUGACGCGAGCGGUCGAAAUUGAGAAGAUGGAAUAG